ACAUCAGAUAAUGGAAGUACAAUAGGUUGCGAAUGGCAGUUUAUGUUGACUUUAAAGAAAAAUAACCAAACGGAAUCUGUGUUGUUCUGAUAUGUGACUCAUAUGUUAUCUAGUGUUGGGAAUAGCAUUUGGUUUGGUAUUUUCUGCUUUGUUAGGGUGUCUCAGAUUAGCUUGUUUGCUUGACAAAGGCCAAACGGCAGAAACAAGUGCUUAUUUUUACAUUUGCGGCUUAGUAAAUUGCGCCAUAGGGCCAUAAUUUAAGUAAACAACACCAUCACUGCAUUGAAUGAUUAUUAUAGAUAAUGUCACUUGGUUUUAUUUAUCUUUUUGAUGCUACAAAUAUACCUGAGCCAAAAGGAUUGAAUAUUUCAGCAUGCACCCGUAUGAAAAAAAAACGACACGCAAACACGAUUCAACUGCAUUCUAUCUUCAAUCUAGCCAACGCCAUCAUGGGCCUUUGUUCUUCCUGCUUGCAGUCUCUCAUUCCAGAAGAGCUUCCCUUCUCCCCUUACACCCCUCCUUCCAGUCACGUCUCAUAUUCCCUCAUUAUUUCUCCACCUCUCCUCUGCCUGUUUCUCUCAUCUAUCUGCCUUUCUCCUCAAAUCUGUUUGUCUUCUUUGGCUGCAGCAGCUGGUUGCAGUCCUGAGCCAGAGUCUCAUCCCGCGUCCCCCUCCCCCCCACGAGUGCACUCAAAGACAAAAGGCCAGGGCUGCUUGUCAGAACACUGCCCCCUUCCUCCCUGCGCUGCCGUGCAUCUGCAGAGGAGAGAGUGACCUAUAGAACAAGAACCAGCAGGCUCAUAGUGAAGAGAAAAAAAAUCACACUCAUACAGAAUGGGGCCUGGCUGGACUGACGUCUUGCAUAAGCCUUUCCACGAAGAUUCCCGGUAGUAGGGCCGAGGAGAAGCGGGAGACCGGACACGGUUGCCCAGGGCUGGAGGAUUAGGGGACGAGCGGCUGAUUUUAAUUGACAAAGAUCCGUGUUUCUCACUGGUUUUCUGGGGGAAAAACGAGAGGAGGAAGCAGGGACACUGGCUAGAAGAGAGGAACAGGGACCAUGGAGAGAGUGAGGGAGAGAGAGAGAGGGAGAGGGGAGGCAGAGAAGGAAGUAGAAACAGUCCAGUGCUGCAGAAUGGGGUAAAAGCGAGAGGCACAAUCAAAAAGAGGUGUUUAGCUCAUUCUUAUAAGACCAUGGGCGACAUGAAAACCCCAGACUUUGAUGAUCUGCUUGCAGCCUUUGACAUUCCUGAUAUGGUCGAUCCCAAGGCUGCCAUUGAGUCCGGCCAUGAUGAUCAUGAGGGACAACUCAAACACCAUGCCCACCAUGAAGAGGACUCCCAUGUCUCUUCCGGUCCAGAUGUUGGGGUUAGUGUUAUUGUUAAGAACGUCCGGAAUUUUGAUACCACUGAACAUCUCUCAGAGAAAGAUGUUCAUCCCACUGUAGGAAAUGGACUGCACAACGGUUUCUUGCCUGUUUCACCCAACAAUAGAUACAGUAAAGAGAGUAACAAGCUUCAAAAAAGUGAAAUCCAUGGGAUGGCAGGAAAUAUCUCCACAUUCAACCAGUUUAGUCCCAUCUCCAGUGCCGAGGAGUUUGAUGAUGAUGACAAGAUUGAAGUAGAUGACCCUGCUGAUAAACAAAGUAAUUUACCAUUUAGACCAAACCCUCUAACUGGUCUGAGCACAAAGAAAAAAGAGCCUCAAUCUCAACUCACCAAACCAGAUGUUCCAUCUAGACCAAGAACAAAUGGCAACUACAAUCAUAUGAAAGUUGAGAAUGGUAGCAGCACCAAUGGCACAAUGGAACACUCAAACCUGUAUGACUCUCAAAAACCAAGAAAAACUGAGGAGCCCUCCAAAGAAACCUCCAGAUCCCAAGAAGCAAAAGAGCCUGGAGAACCAGUCAUUGAGUUGAGCACGGCCAACCUCUCCCAGGCCAAGGCCAAAUCAUCUGCAAAGCUCUCAUCCUGCAUUGCUGCAAUUGCAGCACUCAGUGCAAAGAAAGCUAGCACAGAAGCAAUGUCUCCAGACUCCCUUGCUACACCUCAAGACUCACCAAGAGAGGCUAAAGAGAUCCCUAAGGUUACAGAGAAAUCACCAGAACAGGAGUCAGCUCUGGAGCUUGGCAAGAAGAUGCUUUCGAAACAACCUGAGAGUCCUUGCAGUGUUACCAGCGAAAGCAGCAGCAAAGAGUCUCCAACAUCUCCAGCAGGAUCCAUACCAGUCAUUCCCAAAGUCCGCAUCAAAACAAUCAAGACAUCAUCAGGGCAGAUCAAGAGGACAGUUACCAGAAUUCUGCCCGAGUUUGAUCCUGACGUCUUGAAGAAAGGUAUUGAUUCUUCAUCCAAUGUUGUCUCUUCUCUGCUGUCCUCUCCAACCUCGACUUCUGUUUUCUCAUCUCCCACCAGAACAACUUUGCCAACCACAGUAGUAGCAACUUCUGGAGGCUCUGCCAUUGAGGUAACUAAACAAAUGACCAUCAAACCCGUGGCCACUGCCUUUUUACCCGUUUCAGCCGUCAAGACGGCAGGUUCCCAAGUAAUUAAUCUGAAACUUGCCAACAAUACAACUGUAAAGGCGACUGUCAUACCGGCGGCAUCCGUUCAGAGUGCCAGCAGCGCCAUCCUCAAAGCUGCUAAUGCCAUUCAGCAACAAACUGUCAUGGUGCCUGCUUCCAGCCUAACAAACACCAAACUUGUGCCAAAGACAGUCCACUUAACUAACUUAAAUCUCUUGCCUCAGAAUCCAUCAACGGCUGAGCUCCACCAGGUCCUGACCAAGUCCCAACAGCCCCUCAAACAAGCCAUGUUGGCCCAACAACAACAAAAGAAAGUGUCUCGGGUCCAGGUCCUAACCAGCUCCCAGAGCUCAGUGGUAGAGGCCUUCAAUAAGGUUUUGAGUAGCAUUAACCCAGUGCCAGUUUAUGUACCCAAUCUCAGCCCUCCGACUUCUGCCUGUAUAUCCUUACCAUCCCGUGGCUACAAGUGCUUAGAAUGUGGUGAUUCCUUUGCCCUGGAAAAAAGCCUCACUCAGCAUUAUGACCGUAGAAGUGUUCGCAUUGAGGUCACUUGCAACCACUGCGCCAAAAACCUGGUCUUCUACAACAAGUGCAGCCUUCUAUCACAUGCUAGGGGACACAAAGACAAAGGGGUUGUCAUGCAGUGUUCACAUCUCAUCUUGAAGCCAAUUCCAGCUGACCAGAUGAUCCUAGCACCAUCAAUAACCUCCAGCGCUCCCACUUCUUCAGCUAAUCUUGGAUCCUCCAUAGUGGGGAGUCAAGGAAAGGGAAACCCAACCACAGUGAUCUCCGCACCCUCUUCAGCCCCCGUUGUUGCUGCCAUGCCACUGGAUAAGGACGCCUCCAAGGUCUGCAAAUCGAAUCUGAAGUGCUUGGAGUGUAGUGAGACAUUUCAGGAAGAAUCAUCUCUUGCAAUGCACUACCAGCAGGCUCCCGAGUCAGGUGGACAGAAAACCUGCACCAUUUGCCAAAUGCUACUGCCAAACCAGUGUAGCUUUGCUUCCCAUCUGCGGAUCCAUCAGCACAAGUCUCCAUAUAUCUGCCCUGAAUGUGGAGCUAUCUGUCGGUCUGUCCAUUUUCAGUCCCAUGUGACCAAGAACUGCCUGCACUACACACGCCGAGUGGGCUAUCGCUGUGUUCACUGUAGUGUCAUCUUCGCUGACGUUGCUGCUCUCAAAUCACACAUUCAGGGGUCGCACUGUGAAAUCUUCUACAAAUGCCCCAUCUGCCCCAUGGCUUUUAAAUCGGCCCCCGGUACACAUUCCCACGCCUACACCCAGCAUCCAGGAGUUAAAAUCGGAGAGCCUAAGCUGAUCUACAAGUGCUCCAUGUGUGACACAGUUUUUACCCAGCAGACUUUGCUCUACACGCACUUUGACCAGCACAUAUCUAAUCAGAAAGUAUCUGUCUUCAAGUGUCCAGACUGUUCGAUGCACUAUGCCCAAAAGCAGCUCAUGUUGGAUCAUAUUAAAUCCAUGCAUGGCACCUUGAAGACCAUCGAAGGCCCUCCAAACCUGGGCAUCAAUCUCCCUCUCAGCUCCAAACCUACAAAUUCCAUGAGCCCAAAUAACAACAACAACAACAAGGAGAGCAGCUCUAUCAACAGCCUCGAGAAGGGAGAGAAGAAGCCAACAUCCCCGACAAAGAAGAACAGUAAUGGGACAGACCUUCCCAAGAAAGUCCCAUCGUCAACUUCCUGCCCUGGCUGGACCUGCAGGGAGUGCGACCGCUUGUUUACACAGAGAGAAGUCUUCAUCUCGCACAUGAAAAGAGAGCAUGGAAAGCAACUGAAAAAGCAUCCAUGUCGACAGUGUGAAAAGUCCUUCAGUUCCUCUCACAGUUUAUGUAGACACAACCGAAUCAAACACAAGGGACUACGGAAGGUCUACUCAUGUCCACACUGUCCAGAACUUAGUCGCACUUUCACCAAAAGACUGCUGCUAGAGAAACACAUUCAAUUGGUCCAUGGCAUCAAAGACACAGAGGCCAAGCUUCCAGCAGAUUCCAGCAGCACAGAGGUCACCGUGGAUAAAGAGCAGUUACCCAGUCCUAAACGAAAGCACCACUCUGAAGAUGAGGAUGCCGAGAGGGAAGAGCAAGUGGAGGAGGCCGGAGGGGACGUGACCCCUGGUCAGCGGUCCAAGAGCUCAUCCUCGCAACCUCUGAAGAAGCUGAAGAUCAAUGUCUUCAAAACACACAAAUGUGCCGUGUGUAGCUUCACCACCGAGGACAUUGUGCGUUUCCACGAGCACAUUCCCCAGCACAAGACCGACGUCUCGUCCUACCAGUGCCGUGAAUGCGGCCUGUGCUACACCUCGCACCACUCCCUGUCCCGGCACCUGUUCAUCGUGCACAAGAUGAAGGAGGCCCAAGGACUCGGACGUCACAACGGUCAGCAGGAGAAUACGCCUAACCCGGAGUCCAACGAUGGAAUCCCGGACACUCAAUGUAAAGUAUGUUCCAAAACUUUUGAAACGGAGGGAGCCUUAAACACACACAUGCGGACACAUGGAAUGGCCUUCAUUAAGUCCAAACGGCUGAGUGCAGCUGAGAAGUAAGAGCGAGGUAGUGCCCCCUAGUGGAUGGAUGUUGGUUUGCAAGGAAUUAUUUGUAUGUUGAACGUGUAGAAAUGUUUCACGUUGUAUUCCUUCACUUUGGCCUCUUUGUAUGCUCAUUUGUUGUGCAUACGUAUAUACAUAUAUAUAUAUAUAUAUAUAUAAAUAUACAUAUAUACGAAAUGUAUAAAUCUAUACACACAGAAUGUGUGUUUAAAGAUGUGUAAUAUAUUAAAAACUGAUUUAUGUGUAUUUAAUUAUCUAUGAGAACACAUUUUGUAUACUUUAUGAUAGAUGUUUGUAUGCGUGUUGGAUAGACCUUUUUAUAGAUUCCUUUUUAUUUUCUAUUUUAGACUGUUCUCGUUGUUUUCUCGUGAGAGCAGAUACUGUCCAAACGGCUGUCUCAGUCUUCUUGGGAUGCACUUUCGGUCCUAAUUCCCGAACUGCUGCUAAUAAAAGUGCACGGAAUGUCACAGUUACACUUCUCAGUGAGACAUUUUGCACUCCAAAAAGGACAAUCAGUCCACAACCUACAACACGAGCAGGAAAAGUGUCUCCUAAAGCAGCCGAAAACGGCGUUUGAAUGAAUUUUGGUCAUGGAAUUGAGCCCGAAAGCUUUUUUUAUGGUGUGUUUCUGUUCUGUGAAUUAGUCUACUAUAAUUUAGCACUACGGAAGAACAAGACAUGAAGGUAGUUCUUUAAAUUUAUAUAUCUCAGCCACUGCCAAGAGGUCGUGUUGAAUCGAUAUGUGCUUUUUAACUUUAAGGUGUCGUCACACCCGGACGAUUCUCCUCACUUCAUUUCUUCUCAGGCAGCUUGUUUCAAAUCAUCAUCACUUUGAGUUAUGUUUGACUGGAUUUGUAUUUUGGAUUAUUAACAUACUAGAGUGUGUUAGCUUUGGCCUGUUAUCAAGAACCACAUUUCAAAUUCAUGCCCAUUUAAUUUUGUGGUACUUUGGGAAGCUUUUAUUUGUAAUUUGAAUCCAAAACCACUUUGCCCUGCAGAUAUGUGAAAGUAUAAAUGAAACAAAUACUGAAUAUGUCCAUUUAGCCCAUUUCAUUUGAAACCAAAGUUCCUUUCCUAUACGCGACACCCCACUUGUUUUCUCGUUCAUGGAAUCAGUAAAUCAUAAGUGCUUAUAUGCUAUACAUUGUGCUCAAGUGCCUCCGGCGCUCAAAAGCCAAAUGUAGAUUUGACAUCAACAUCCUAAUGUGCGUGUUUUUUUAGAGCAGCAUGUUAUGGAAAAUUCUCAAGUAUAGUGUUCCACUGACUCACAUGCUAAGUGUGAUAAAAAGGGGGGAGGGGGGCAACAAAUGCUGCCUUCACUAUAAAUGAAUGUUUUGGUCAAAUGUGAAAGAGCUGUAAAAUUUCUUUACAUUUUUUCGCUCUGACUCUGCUGUAGCAUAUAAUUUCGACGUUUCACUUCAUAAUGAGCUCAAUCGUGAAAGUACUACGGUUCUUUUUUUAUUUGUCCCUCAUUCCAUCUCGAAACGCUGUAUUUUGCUCUCCUUUUCCUUUGGACGGAUAUAUGAGUACUAUUGAGGACGCAUAUGUGCAUGAGAGAAGCCAUUCACAGUGGUUCUGUUUUAUAGAAUGUCUUGCUGAUGUUCGGUAGACCUUGUUCUAUGUUUGUGCAAAAAAUAGUUAUCAUUAAUAAAUGAUACAUAAACAAUA